CUAAAGAAACGUAACUAGCUUCGUUUUUAUUUAUUACAUGUUAAGGUUAAGUGAAUGAUUACCGCCAAAAAUUAGUUAUAUUUUCCAUAAAAAAAAAUGGAUAAACGUAAGAACUCUUCACCCCAUCAUGGGGCGAAAAAAAUGAAAUCAGAUACUUUUCUGCGGCCAUUAGUGCCUGUUUUGAAUCCCAGAAAAGAUAAUUUGAUAUUCCAAGAGUUAGAAUUGGAACACUACAUCGGCCGCUUUUAUCCUGGAAUGCCCGGCCCCCAAAUAGGCGCCGUUCCCAUUAUACGUCUAUUCGGAAUUACAAAAGCUGGAAAUAGUGUGUGCUGUCACGUUCACGGGUUUUCGCCUUAUUUUUACGUUAAUUUACCGAACGCUUUGAGCAAUAUCGAAUUGAUUACUUUCAAGAGUAAGCUGAAUGAAGCUCUUUUAGCCGAUUUCAGUACCAAAGGUGGCGAGUUACCGGAACCCGUGUUAAUGGUAGAACAAGUCCAAGGAAAAUCUUUGAUGGGAUACAGCGGAGAUGAAGAUAAAACGUUUGCGAAAAUUACCGUUGCUAUACCGAAACUUGUAGCUGCAGCUAAAAGAAUAAUAUCGAACGUUUGUUUCUACAAACCCUUAGAAUCGUACUCUUUUUCCAUGUACGAAUCCAAUGUGGAUUUCGAAACUAGAUUUAUGGUGGACACGAACAUUCUAGGCUGCUGCUGGAUCGAACUUCCCGCUGAUAAAUGGUAUAGAAGAUCAAGCACUUCAGAUAUCCAAGGUGUAAGCAGAUGUCAGAUAGAAAUUGACGUAUCUUGGACCGAUUUCAUUGUUCAUUCACCGGAAGGUGAAUGGUCUUCUGUAGCCAAAUUCAGGAUACACAGUCUUGAUAUAGAAUGCGCUGGUAGGAAAGGUAUUUUUCCCGAACCCAAAGUCGAUCCAAUCAUUCAGAUUGCUAAUGUCGUUAAAAAUCACGGAGAAAAGGACAUCCUCUAUAGAAAUAUAUUUACUCUUAAAUCUUGCGCUUCUAUUGGCCACGCUGAUGUGUACAGUUUUGAUACAGAGGAGGCUAUGUUGGAAGCUUGGGCUGAUUUUGUGAGGAGCUUGGAUCCGGAUGUAUUUACAGGUUACAACAUCAACAAUUUCGAUUUCCCCUAUAUGUUAGACAGGGCUAAACACUUAAAACUGAAAAAAUUCGACCAUUUGGGGCGACUUCUUAACGUACAAUCCGUAGUUAAAGAAACGGUAACACAAACGAAGAUCGGCAAAAGAAGCUACAAAUCUAUCAACUUUGAGGGCCGCGUGGCCUACGAUAUGCUGACGGUGGUGAAGAGGGAUUUCAAAUUGAGAUCGUACACUUUGAACAGCGUUUGUCAGGAGAUUUUGGGCGAGCAAAAGGAGGACGUGCAUUACAGUAUCAUUACAGAUCUUCAAAAUGGCGACGAACAAACUAGAAGAAGAUUGGCGGUUUAUUGUUUAAAGGAUGCUGAGCUGCCACUGCGAUUGCUCAGUACCGUGCUUAGCUUCACUAAUGAUAUAGAAAUGGCUAGGGUGACAGGAGUGCCGAUCACCAGUCUGUUGACCAAAGGGGAACAAGUUAAGGUGAUAGCGCAGCUGCUUAGACACUCCAGACCGGCGGGGUACUUCAUGCCCGCAUAUCAUGGUGGUCCCCCUUCUGACCAAUACGAGGGAGCUACAGUCAUCGAACCCAUCAGAGGCUACUACACCGAACCAAUAGCGACGCUAGAUUUCAGCUCGCUGUACCCCAGCAUCAUGAUAGCCCACAAUUUAUGUUAUACGACUUUGAUCCAACCAGGUCAGAAAUUGGAACUGACGGACGAUCAAAUCACUAACACUCCAGCGGAGUGUCGAUUCGUAAAAUCCACCGUUAGGCCCGGUUUGUUGCCGCACAUUCUACAACAUCUUUUGGCCGCCAGAAAGAAAACCAAAGCGUUGUUGAAGGACGAAAAGGAUCCGAUCGUUCAGACUGUUUUGAACGGUCGACAAUUGGCAUAUAAGAUUUCCGCUAAUUCUGUUUAUGGUUUCACCGGAGCUCAGGUCGGGAAACUGCCGUGUUUGGAGAUAUCCGGUAGCGUUACGGCGUACGGUAGAAGCAUGAUCGAGCAAACGAAACAGGAAGUUGAACAACAUUACACAAUCAAAAACGGAUAUGAAUCAGAUGCAAAAGUCAUCUACGGCGAUACGGAUUCCGUGAUGGUUAAUUUUAAAGCGUCCACUUUGGAGAAAAGUAUGGAAUUGGGACGCGAAGCCGCCGAAUUGGUGAGCCAAAAGUUCAUAGCGCCGAUAAAGUUGGAAUUCGAGAAGGUUUAUUACCCGUACUUGCUGAUCAACAAGAAGAGAUACGCUGGUUUAUAUUGGACGAAUACAGAGAAAUAUGAUAAAAUGGACUGCAAGGGCAUAGAAACUGUCCGUAGGGAUAACUGCACUUUAGUGGCCGAUAUCAUAGGGACGUGUUUGCAGAAGCUGUUGAUCAACAAAGAUCCGCAGGGAGCUGUAAACUACGCGAAACAGGUGAUAUCAGAUCUGCUGCAAAACAACGUCGAUAUUUCCCAAUUGGUCAUCACCAAAGAGCUAACGAAGUCCGAUUAUACAGCCAAGCAGGCCCACGUGGAGCUGGCUAAAAAAAUAACCAAAAGAGACCCAGGGAACGCCCCGAAAUUAGGCGACCGUAUCCCCUACGUUAUCGUCGCUGGCACCAAAUCUGCCAAAGCUUUCGAGAAAGCUGAAGACCCCAUUUACGUGCUGGAAAAUAACAUUCCGAUCGAUUCUAAGUACUAUUUAGAAAACCAGCUGUCCAAACCGUUAGUGCGUAUUUUUCAACCGAUUUUAGGGGAUAAUGCAGAGUCGAUAUUACUAAGAGGUGAACAUACUCGUACUAAGACAAUGGUGACUUCGCGAGUGGGUGCUUUAUCAGCGUUUACACAGAAAAAAGAAGUGUGCAUUGGUUGCAAAUCAGUCCUAACCAAGGGAUACGAAAAAGAAGCGGUUUGUGCUUAUUGCAAGCCAAAAGAAGCGGCGAUCUAUCAACAAGAGUUGGGGCAUCAUAAGAUGUUGGAGAAUCGGUUCGCGGCGUUGUUUACGGAGUGCCAGCGCUGCCAGGGAUCAUUGUAUGAGGAGAUAUUGUGUACUAGUAGGGAUUGUCCGAUUUUUUACAUCAGGAAGAAGGUGCAGAUCGAGUUGGAGACGACCAGAUCGAAGAUUGGGAGGUUUGGGGAGCCCGUGAUCGUGGAAGAUUUGUUUUAAAAAUUUUCUUGUAUAUAUUUUUAUACGUUAUUAAAUGUCUGAUUUUUGUUGAAUGGAUUGUUAUGAUUCAUGAAACUGUUGACUUUUUGUAUUUUGUCUAUUAUUAUAGCUUAUUUUAAUUACCUACUC